CCGUCGGUAGCGCGAACGCAUGUUUGGUACCAAGCAAAGCACGCAAUACGUGCAUGCGCCUCCAUCGCAACGACGACCAUGACCUCCUCAAAUAAAGGGCAGGCCCCUCCAGGGUUCCAGUCCAAGUCUACGCCGAAUCUGCCGACACUCAAAUCGCUCGGCGAUGCCCGCAAGGGGACUGCACAUCAACAUUCACGCUCAGCCGUCUCCCCUCCGCGUAUCACGAGCCCGCGAUCCCCGCUCUCCAAUGGUCCAGCGUCAGUGGAAGACGAUGAGGAGGAGGAGGAGGAGGAGGAGGAGGAGGAGGACCCGUUCGCGCUAGAGGAGUCGGAGGGGUCAGAGUCAGGGGAAGAGGAGGCACAAGAGGAGGUGGAUAGUCCGCCCGCGUCUCGACCACUGUACACCUCACGCUCAUACACGCACCUUCCACGACAACCUGCGACAGCCCUGUAUCCUCCCUUCUACAACCGACCGCCUGUUCCGCUGCCGCCCUCGCCAUCAUUGACUUCUCUUCUCCGUCCUGCGUUCAGUGCUGCGACCUCAAGACCUACAACGCCAGACUCAUCAGAUGUCGAGCUGCCAUAUGGAAACACCAAUGGCACCAGCACACCAACGUCGAGUACCACGAACCUUGCGCACAUCACCAAUUCAGCACGCAAUGCACCCACUGUACCUCGUGCCUCGCCCAAGGUGCCCACGUACGAAUACUAUGGCUUCGCAGUGUACCUGGGCAGCUCUGCAGCUUUCUUGAUGUACAUCCUGUGGGCAUACGUCCCGGCUCCUUUGCUGCAUCAGAUGGGUAUUUGGUGGUACCCAGACCGCUGGUGGGCACUCGCAGUACCGUGCUGGCUCGUUGGGCUGGUCAUAUACAUCUACGUCGCACUGGCCAGCUACAACACGCGCUACCUUACACUGCCGCUCAAUAGCUGCGAGAAUCUGGUGGAUGAAACCGCUCAGGUUGCUGUCGUGGACCGCAAGACAGGGCAGAUAGCACGCAACCCAGUCUUUGGCAUGGGCAGCGCAGAGAACAGGGAAGAAGACCCAUCCAGCAGAUCAGUCAGUCGCAGUAAUUCCUUCUCAGCAUACCAAUUCGGCGCUGACGAAGACGUUGAUUGGAACAGCUUCUGGAACGUGGGCACGGACGCGGUUAUGGAUGUGCCCAUUGGCGGUGUCUGCGAAAUCCUGUACGGAAGUGGCCGCUGACUGCGCAGAUAACUACAUGCACCGUCAUGGUUACUACCAUUCUUAUCGAAUCCGUCUGGAUUGUUGCCGGCAGUUUAUGCCGUCCACUCACAGCACGCCCUGCAAUCCCAGCCUGGAAAAAGCUUGUCGCUUCUUGUGGGCACUCUAACCCCCACCUUAGUAGCCCCUCCCGGCUUUCGGACAUACCUUGCAACCCCACCCGCAAACAUCCAAUCCAAAAAGCUCAAAGGACUUA